UUGACGACAGAAGUCAAAAUGAUGAAGAGAAAACUCCCAACUUCAAUCAAACUCGGCAAAGGAAAUGCUUGAAUCAAAUGAUCAGAGAAAGUUUUCACCUUCUUCUGAAUCAAUCAGUCGCUGCAUAGUCUCUUGCACCUUUGUAUUGCUCACUCAAUCUGCACUCUCUCUUGUUCCUCUCUUCUUCUCCGCCUCUCCUAUUCUUCUCCAGCUGUCACUAUCAGCUCUGCUACAAGUUCUGGCCGUGGGGUUCGGGAGAGUUUGCAGGCGGGUCACUGGACUCCGUGCCUCCGCUCCUGCUUUCGUCUUCUUCAACAUCCUCUUCGUUUGGGGUGUUUACAUUGCUGUUGUUCGAAAAGCCGUCUCACGCUUAGCAGAUAUUAUCUUUAAUGGGGAAAUUAUCAUGAUCGUUACUGGAUUAUGCAGUAUCUUAUCAAGUGAUCCGGGUUUUGUGGCUUAUAGUUCUACUGGUUCAGAUGAACUAACUGAAAGUUCAGGUUUCAAAGUUCAGUUUAAUGAUGAGAAUUCUCUUUCACAAAGGAGAGUAAGAUAUUGUAAGAACUGUAAAGCAUAUAUAAAGGGCUUUGACCAUCAUUGCCCGGCUUUUGGAAACUGCAUAGGCCAAAAUAAUUAUGCUUUAUUCAUGGUUCUCAUAGUUGGAUUCAUCAUUGCUGAAGCUUCUUAUCUGGUUUUCUCAUCUCAGUUUGUUAGAAAAUCUGGAUUUGUAGGCAGAAAUAUGCCAAAGAAUAACCCGCCUCAAGUUCUGGCAGUGAGCACAAUGCUAUUCUCCCUUCUUCAAGUGCUAUGGCAGGUGGGAUUUCUCAUGUGGCAUGUAUAUUGUGUGUGCUUCAACAUCAGAACAGAUGAAUGGAUAAACUGGAAGAAGUAUCCAGAGUUCCAGAUGAUAACUCAGUCUCAAUCAGCAGGAGAGAGCUUUACUACCGUACAGUUCAGAAACCCAUAUGAUAAGGGAAUUCUACAAAAUUUGAAGGAGUUUUAUAGGAUCCAUAUCUUCAAGGUAGCCGUGCAAGAGAUGGAGAUUUGGAGAAGCCAGAAUUUGGAACUUGAACUCAAGGGUAUUACUAAGCCCGUGUAAGAGCUUCUUAUCCACGUAGAAAAUGGGAUACGGAAUCAUUCCCUUUUGAGGUGAUGUGUCAAAUUGAAAUAGCAUACUGAAUUAAUCUCUUCUUAACGAAGCUGAUGAGUUCUAUAUAUCUACUGGCAAUCAGGGAAUGGUUGAUAGAUUGAAAUUGCUAAUGCUUGUACUUUUUUUUUGGGGGUGGGGGCAAAGCACAGUUUACUCCCUCUUCUGAUCUUUAUUACAGUUUGAAGUUUGUGUUUUUAUGUUUUUUUGUGAUGGUUCAGAAUUCUAUGGUCCUAAUUUUAUGUAAAACUAUUAAUUUUUUAGGCAAUAACUGCAUUUGUAUA